AUGGAGGAAGCAGCUAUUACCUCUGUGGCCACCACCGGCAAGAAGAGAAUCCCAAAUCUGAAGAAGGUCUGCGUGUACGUCGAGAAACCUCCGGACCCUCAUGAACAGAAGAUCGAGGCCCUCGAAAAAGAGGUACAAUUGCUAAAGCAGAGAUUGGACUCCCAGAAGCAGAACGACCUCUAUGCAACAUUCAGCACUGUGGAUGCGACAGCUUCAACAGCUUCUGCUUUCGGCUCGCCCGAGCAAGUGGCAAGUCUGGUCCGGACAGGUUCUGACAUGCAGUCGAAUCCAGGCGAUCCGCGGCGCAAGCGCACAAGAUCUCAACUUGAAGUCGAGGUUGCCUCUGUGCCCAACUUUGCCGCCAAAGGUCUUAUCACCUUUGAUCAGGCCGAGUUGUUCUUCAACGCUUUCUUCCAGGGCUGCGAUCGCUAUGUCCCCAUAUUUGAUCCUCUCAAUGACACCUUCGAGUCGAUCAGUUCUCGAAGCGCGCUCCUCUUCGACGCCAUCAUCACCAUUGGAUGCGGCGUACUCAGCGAUGCGGAUUCCCAGAUCUGUCACCUGCUUAAUUUCCACCUGAAGAAAAUGCUGAACCUUGUCAUUGUCAGUCCGGAGCACGCCUCUCUAGAGACUGUGCAGGCUCUCCUAGUCACGGCUUGCUAUACUUCGGAGCGAUCCUUGCUGUUAGCGUUUGCGACGAGGAUGGCUCUGGAUCUCGGCCUUCCGGACGCCUACGAGGACUUGACCAGGAAAAUCGUCAGCAGAGGGUCGUUGUCCCAGAAUCGAGAUUCGCAGAAAUAUGACGAGGCCGACGCUGUAUUGAUGAGACGCGCUCGGGCAUGGUUUCAGCUGAUGGUUCUCGAGCAGAUCCUUCGGGUCGACGCUGGUAAUUUGCGGAGUUUCCAUUCGCGAGGCGAUCCGCGGCGUUGCCGGAUCCUUCUGAACAAGCCGUUCACCACAAUCCUGGACCUCCGUCUGUUGUCGCAAGUCGAGCUUAAUUCGCUCAGAGGGAGGACGCACGACUCAAUAGCAGGGACGGAGCAAUUUGACGAAGAAGCAGUUUUGGACAUCCUCCGGGAUGUCCAAGUUGAUAUCGAUGUCUGGUACAGCGACUGGAAGAACAUCAUGCAGGGUUCGUCGAGUGUCGAGACGCCAGUGCUUCUACUCAACCUUGAAGUGCAGAAGUAUUGGUCUCAGACGGUGGCGUUGUGUCGAGCGCUACGUGCUCUAGGGAAUGAAAAUAUCGCCGCCAUGUCCUCAACGCAGCGGGAUAUCCUCCACAUGGCCAAGGACGCGCUCAAAGGACACCUCCGAAUCAUCCUCGACCAGCCUCAGCAUUAUCUGUCCAAAUUUUGCUAUGCGAUGGAUUUCGUCUGGGCCAAAUGCGCGUUCUGCUUCUUGCUGCUGCUGAAACUGACCCGUCUGUUGCCUGAAGAAGACGACCACUCGAAGCGCCAGCUGCUCGACGACGGGUACAUGCUUCUGAACGAACUGAACAAGGCCGGUGGUGGAUGGACCAGUGGCGGUCGCAGCAACACCAGCAGGUUGUAUCUGCAGGUUCUUCAGCAGAGCAUUCAAAAGUAUGGCCGCGCGCUUCAAAACGACGGCUCGGGUCCUGCCCACAGCGACAUCAACCAAGCCGACAUUGGACAGGAUCCUCGGUCACCACUCAAUUUCUUCUGGACGACAGGUGGCUCCGCCGCGACGAACGAGAUCGAGACCUUUGUUCCAGAGCAAUUCGUCUUCGAGUGGGAUUUCCCGGGCUUGACGCUGUUCUCCUCUCCAGCAAUGGGCGAUACCUUUUUCGACGAGUUUCUCAUAGGCAACGGGGCCAGUGAUCCGUUGUUCUUCGGAAUGCUUAGCUAG